GCGUUUGGCUACAAGCAUAACAAAACUCAGUCCCCAUUUUAAUUCUAAUUCUCCCUAAGCUUUGGCAAACAAACAUGACCACCAGCUCCGGGGACGAUUCGGUCCCAGUGCCCUACACUCUUCUUUCCUCAAAUGCUGCGCAACAAAACGUCGUCGUUUUAUCCCUCUACCGUCCCACUCCAUGCCGACACCGCCGCCUUCUCCGCCUCUUUGCCUUCUACUCUGCCGCCUUCCUCCUCCUCUUCGCCGUUGCUUUUCUUCUUUUCCCCUCCGAUCCCUCCCUCCAACUCGUCCGUUUGAAACUCAAUCGCGUCAAAGUCCAUUUGGUGCCUUUUGUUUCCCUUGACCUUUCUUUCUCUGUUUCUCUUAGGGUUCGCAAUAAGAACUUCUUCUCUCUUAAUUACAAUUUCCUUGGCGUUUCGGUUGGCUACCGGGGAAGACGACUUGGAUACGUGAGCUCCGGAGGCGGUCGAGUUUCUGCUCGAGGUUCUUCUUAUGUGAAUGCCACUCUCGAUUUGAAUGGAUUGGAGGUUGUUCAUGAUGUCUUGUACUUGCUUGCGGAUCUGGGGAAGGGUAUUAUUCCCUUCGAUACGGAGACCGAAGUGGAAGGAUCCAUGGGGCUCUUCUUUAUCAAAAUCCCGAUUAAGGCAAGAGUGUCAUGUGAGGUACUUGUGAAUACAAAUAACCAAACAAUUGAACAUCAAGAUUGCUACCCUGAGUGAAGGGAAGAUGGAAAUUGGGGGAAAGUUUUCAUUAUUACUUUUGUGGCAUGACGUUGAAGCAGGAAAGUGGGAACUCCCCUGAAUUUGGCUGUAAAUAUCACUUGCAGAGUGUUUAGGGCUCAUUGUCAUAUGGUAGGAGUUGAUAGAAAAAGGAAACGGUAAAUAUCUAUGUGGAUUACUAUUAGAAAAAACUUCGUUUUCUCAGUUGGACACAAGUUAAAGUUCAUUUAUAUGUAAUAGUACACGUGUGGCAGUUGCUGCUAUUGCAGCUAUGAGGGUAAAUUCUAUUUUACUUUUACUCAUGCCUUUAUGGCCAUUUACUUGGAGAGUUUCUGUAUCCAUGCUGGGAAGGAAUUGUUGAAUUUAACAUUACUGUGUUCUAUUCUAUUGAAUAUUGUUCAGUGAA